AUAUUUUUUCUGGAAGAGAUUAGGCAUUAAGGAAGCGAUGCCAAGGCUGCACAUGCGGAUCGAGGAAUAUCUUCUAGGGUUUGGUACGUUUGGCUUGGUUGAUCAGUUUUCCCUUCUUAAUUUCCUUGUAUUUAAGGAACCCAUAUCCACAUGCCAUGGUUACCGAUCGAUCGAGAGCAUUUGAGAACCUCAUUUCUGCCAUUGCAUACUGUUACUACUUUUGCUAUCGAGACAACCACAUAUUCAUCAACAACUUAAACUACAACAACAUGCCAAGGGGUCGACCCCUGAUCUCCUUGCAGACAGUGGAGCUCAAAGUAAGGAUGUGCUGCACAGGGUGCGAGAGAGUGGUCAAAAAAGCCAUCCACAAGCUUAGAGGGAUUGAUUCGGUAGAGGUGGAUCUAGAAAGGGAAAAGGUAACAGUAGUGGGAUACGUUGAUCGAAACAAGGUGCUCAAAACAGUGAGGAGGGCUGGAAAGAGAGCCGAGUUCUGGCCCUACCCAGAACCACCUCUAUACUUCACAUCCUCCAAUAACUAUUUCAAAGACACAACCCACGAGUUCAAAGAGAGUUACAACUAUUACAAGCAUGGCUACAACGUCGGGGACCGGCACGGGAACAUUCCCGUCAGUCACCGAGGAGACGACAAGGUCAGCAACAUGUUCAACGAUGACAAUGUCCAUGCCUGCUGCCUCAUGUAAAUUCAUGUAAUUAACUCAUGUAAUAUAUAUGUACGUGUAUGUAUGUAUGUAUGUAUGUAUGUGUAGACAGUAUGCAAGCAUGUAUGUUUAGCAGCCGUUGUGAACAUCAUCAUCAUGUGUAAUAUAACCAUGCAUGCAUGAUUUGUGUGUGGUUUGGAUAUUGGAAUGGAAAUGACACGUGGAUCGCUCUCGAUCUUUCGUAGGCA